CCAGUCACGUUUGACAUGAUUUGUCGGCGGCUGGACGGUGAAGUUCAGGAGUAAAACAUGCAGACACUCAUCUUUUGAAUGUUGUCGCCAUACAGGGUAACUUAUUGCCAGAGUAAACACGGGGCACAAUGGUGAAGUAUUUCUGCUGCGCAGGUUUGCUCAAAAGCACCUGGGACCAAGUCUGUGUUGCUUUCUGGCAGCGAUAUCCGAAUCCCUACAGUAACCAUGUUUUGACAGAGGACAUUAUUUUCCGGGAGGUUACUCCAACCAACUGCCUCAUUUCCAGACGCCUGUUGACCAAAACAAGCCGAGCGCCUCGCUGGAUGGAGCGGUACCUUCCAAAGCACAUGGCCAGCUCAGCAUACAUCAUCGAGGACUCUAUUGUGGACCCUCAGAAAAGGACCAUGACCACCCUCACAUGGAACAUUAGCCACGCUCGCCUCAUGUCGGUGGAAGAGCGGUGCGAGUACCACAUUAACCCCGACAAUGGCAGCUGGACGGAGAUAAAGAGAGAAGCUUGGAUCUCUUCCAAUGUCUAUGGCCUCUCUAGAGCUAUUCAGGAAUUUGGUCUUGCAAGGUUCAAGACGAGUGUUACGAAGACCAUGAAAGGCUUUGAAUAUGUGCUGGCCAAAAUGCAAGGUGAAACUCCAUCAAGAACCUUAGCAGAAACUGCUACAGAGCGAGCAAGAGAGACAGCACUGGCAGCUAAGGAGAAAGCCAAAGACCUCGCCUCACAGGCCCAGAAGAAACAAUACGUGUGAUGCACUGCGGAGAUCUUCGGUUCUUUCACCACUGAUACUGGGACAGAUUUGUCAUUACCUCCCCCUCGUGGUUCAGUCGAGCAUUGGGGUAAGACAAAUUGAUCCCGGUCAUGGGUAGACACCUCUAUGAGGAAGCAACUGAAAUGGUGGGUGGACCAUAAUAGGCCUGAGCUGGGUUCAAGAGCCUGUUCCAGCUUCCUGGAAUAUAUUGUACCUUUGAUACCAGAUCAUCUCAGUAUUCAACCAUAGAUAGAGAUCUUAGGGAAUGGCCAAAUAUGGCUAAGCGUGCCAUAAAAUAAUAAUGGCACUUUGCCAACCUUGAUACUCAUCCUCAGACCUCAGCUCAACCUCUGUGCCCAUCAACAACGUUUACUCUUUACUCUCUUCCUUUCUGUAUUUCAUGUUAUUUUGCAACAGCUUUUUGUUCAGGUGCUGUAAUUAGCAUACCACCGAAUAUACGAUUAAUUCAAACCCGUGUAUGAUUUACUGCUGUUGUAUGUUUUGUCGCCGUCAUGUUAUGUUUUAGUUCAGUUCACCGAGCCACACCUUAAUCCAGGGUUCCUACACAUUUUCCAUGUCAAAGUUCCAUACUUUUCCAGAUUUCUCGGUAGAGUUUUCAGACAAUAUUUGGCUCCUGAAUUAAGAUAGCGAGAAUGAGUUGGAAAAAUUUGAAUUAACUAAAGCACUGUCUUUGUAGCUUUAUUUAUCCACUGUGUCCAUGGAAAUAACAAUGAAUGCAGCCAUGAAGGUAUGAUUUGCUUACACAGAAAAUCAGUCUGUUUACCUUUCUGAUAACUACAUCACUGCACCACUCAAAGAUGUUCAGAUGAGCUCAACAUUUGAUAACGUGCGAUGCUAUGCAUGCAUGCAAGUCAGAGAUAGUGUGGCAAUUUCAAACUAAUGUGGUCGCCGAUGUCCAGAUUUGGGACAGUUGGGGCAGAGCUGUAUUGCAGGUUAUAAUGUGCAAGUGUAGAGGCAGCUCCAUGAAAAAGUGCGAUCAGUCACAAGCUGUAUGUCUUGCUUUGCUUUCGGUGACACCAAGCUCACUCUGCCCUGCACUCUGUCACAAACAUUUUGACUGCACUGGCUACCCGCUCCAAACAUCAUUUAAAAAAAGAAAUUCUUCUUGAAAGAUCCAUUUAUUUUAGAAAUUCUGAUUUUUAUAUUUUAUAAAACAAAUCAGUAGAAAAGUCUAGGAACACAUUUUCCAUAGCGGCUUUUUUUUUCUGUACUUACCAAAUCUGGAACUUAGUAAAAAUUAAUUUCUAUACUGCGUAGGAGCCCUGUUAAUCAUCCUACCCAGACUGAUUGCUUCACUGACUGAAGAGGGACCCGUAUUGUCAUAGCUUGAUAAGAAAUACUCACUUAGCACUUGUGGUAAGAUCCGGUCGCAAUGGACAUCAUUGUCUUUACCUAAAUUUAAAAUGUGUGUACAAAGGCAAAAAAUGUUACCUUGUAUUGUACAUUCAGCUUAGGUCUGAUGACACAACCCCAUGCAACAAUGUGCUCUUACUGUAUCAAUCAAUCAAAUAUCAGCUUGUCAAUAAAUGGACAAUUCCUUUGUAAAAAAAA